CGUACGUCAACACAGUAGUAUACUCAAAAACUUUGUAGCAUAAAAAAAGUAUUUACCAGUGUUAAAAGUUUACAUUCUAUAAGUUUUGUGAUAAAUUUUUGUAAUUGUUUGUAAAAAAAAAAAAAAAUGAACCCGGGGAAAUGAUAUCGAAGAUUCCUGUUUGAAGAUGCUCCUAUUCCAAAAAGAACACGUGUUCGUCGUGAACAGGUUAUGUCCACACAACUUCAAGUAAACAACAUACAAGAUAAUGUAGAAGAUAAUAUCAUUACAGAAGUAGAAAUGAGUGAGUCUAUCAGAAAUUGUGAAGAAAAGGUAACUCAAGAUCAAUCCAAUGUAGGCGUUAAUCACACAAACAGUUUUCGAGUGCUCAAUAAUGAAGACCAUACUAUCAAUGGAAUUCGUACAAAUGACGUAAAUAAUUUGCUUAACACAUCGACUGAGAGUAAUAAUGAUGAUCAAAUACUGUAUGAAGGAGCACAAAUUACUCGAGCUGAAAGUGAAGCUCUUAUAAUGGCAUUCGUUUUGAAUCAGUCAACAUCUGAAAAAGGCUUAGAACUUCUUCUAAAACUAAUUAACUGUCAUAUGCCAAAUCCAGUAUAUACAUCUGCUAAAAAUUUUACCAACAAAUUUCCAGUGCACUCUUCGAAACAAAAUUUUUUUUGUAUGGAAUGUGAAGCAGGCUUGACUUUUAAUGAUCACUCUGAAAUCAUUUGUAUGUGUGGAACGCGUAAUGUUAAAAAACAAUUAAUUGAUAAAACUAAAUACUUUCUUACUCUGCCAAUUGAGGAGAAAUUAAUAGAUUUAUUGAACAAUGAGGAACUACGUAAACAAUUGAAUAUAUCAAAAAAUAAUUCGAGUGAUGUAACAACUGGUCGAAUGUAUCGAAAUCUACAGGAACGUAACAUUAUUGGAAAGAACGAUAUUACUUUUCAGUUAAAUACAGAUGGAGUCAGUGUUUUUAAGUCAACAAAUGCUUCAAUGUGGCCAAUUUUCUUAUCUAUAAACGAAUUACCAUUGUCAACUCGACGAGAUAAUACUAUAUUAGCUGGAUUGUAUAUUGGAAAUAGUUCACCUAGAAUGGAUACAUUUCUCACCCCAGUAAUAGAAGAGUUAACAAAAUUACAUCAACUUGGAAUUACAAUAAAAUUAAGAAAUGACACCACUUUAAAUAUUAAAGUACAUACAAUUAUUUCUCCUGUAGACUCCGUUGCCUGAUGUAAAAUGACAUAUUCCAAACAGUUCAAUGGACGAUAUGGUUGCCUUUGAUGUUUCAAUGAAGGAAUGCAAAUUUUUAAAGGAAAAGGACAUUGUCGCAUAUAUAUGCCCUAUGUUGGACAACUAAGAACAGCCAAUGAAUUAAUGGAAGAUGGAGCAGCAGCUAUAAUCGGAAGGAAAGAAAAUGUUAGAGGAAUCAAAGGUCUUUCACCACUACUUAAAUUACCGGUAUUUAAUAUAGUACGGUCUUUCACACCCGAAUAUAUGCAUGGGACUUAAUUAGGAGUCACAUGCAUGUUUUUCGAUUUAUUUUUUGACUCCAAAUAUUCUCAAAAACCUUGGUCAUUACAUGGAUCAUUACAAGAAAUAUCCAUGAAUGUAAAAAAUAUAAAACCUACAUCUGAAAUCACUAGACUUCCUGCUCCUAUAGAAAAACGUGGCUUAAAUAAAGCUUCAGAUUGGAGAAGUUUAUUAUUAUAUUAUUCUUUGGUUAUUUUUCGAGGAGUUUUGAAAAGACCAUACUAUGACCACUGGUUUUUACUAGUCUAUAGUUUCAGAAUGUUGCUAAAGGAUAAAAUUUCCUCUACGGAUAUAGAUAAAGCAGAAAGAUGUCUUCAAAAGUUUGUUUCUACUACUGGACUUCUUUAUGGUGUAGAACACUUAUCAUUCAAUUUACACAUAUUAUUACAUGUAUCAGAUUGUGUACGUGAUUGGGGCGGCCUUUGGGCCACAUCGACAUUUUCUUUUGAACAUUGCAAUGGAAUAUUAACUAGAUCUUUUAACGGUACACGUUCAGUGAUUCCACAAAUAUGUGCUUCUUAUGAACGCACUGGCGUUUUAAAU